AUGACAUUUCCCACAAUUAUUCGGAGUAUUAGCGAUGCAUUUAACAACGAGGCUGAAAGUAUCGAGAAGAGUUUGAGGGACAUUGCAGAAAGAUCGAGAGAAAAUAUCAAAAGCGACGAGAAGAUCGCCGACCGAUACCUCGACGAUUACCGAAGUAUACUCGAGCGUGCAGAUGCCUUACUCACAUCAUCCUAUCAUGAACUACAAGCUCGUGAAACGCCAGAUAUGCCUAGACCAAAGCGAGCGGAGCUCAGGAGAGAUUUGAAGAAGAUCAAGACUGCUGCUCGGAAUAUUUUGAGGCAACGACUGCUCCAUACCACCGAAAAGAGUCGCAUCAAGUACCAUAUGACUUCUAGGCGCAGCACUACGCCAGUUGGAGAAGCCCUUCUUCCAUGCGAUCACGCUCUCAAUGGCCAUCUGGAUUUUGACAACGACCAUUUGCAGGCUUGGGGAAAUGUAAGGUUGACACAGCAAGCUGGUUGUCUGUCUUCGUUUCUUCUCGAGGUCGACGACCUGCAUCUCAAUGAACAGCCCGGUGGCAAGUUAACCAAAAUGUGA